AUGGAUAUUUUUUCUUAUAGUAGUCUUCAAAAGACGUCUAAUAUUCGUAACGCAGAAGUUCAGUAUAUGUUGCACCAACUUUACCAGAGAAGUUUGUCUUCCUCUUCCACAGAAAUAUUCCAUGAGGUAGAUUUGAAGCCUGUGUUUUUCGAGUUUGGGUUUAUUAUAAUCAUGAAGAUAGUAAGUGGAAAGAGAUCAUAUAAUGGAAGUAAGAAAUGGAGUUUUGAUCGUUUGAUUAGCGAGAGUUUUCUUCCUGAAAAGCUGAUUAAUACGGUUGAUCAUUUUCCUGUUUUACGAUGGAUUGGUUAUCAAAGUACUGAGAGGAAGUUGAAGCAAGGGAGGAAAAAUAAAGAUUCCUUUUUGGAUGAGUUGAUACAAGACUAUCUACUAGACACUAGUAGCAGUGCGGAUAUUGAUGUUGUUGACGGAAGAAAGGCUGAGCAUAAGCCGUUAAUCGGGGUUUUCAUGUCUCUACAACAGGAUGAACCCGAGACUUACACUGACGAAGUUGUCAAAGGCAUCAUUGGGACAAUGUUCUCGGGUGGUAUUGGAACAUCAGUAGACACAAUGGUUGCGGCAAUGUCACUUCUACUGAAGCACCCUGAAGCUUUGGUAAAGUUGAGAGACGAGAUAGAAUUCCAUGUAGAAGAAGGCCGUUUCAUAUCCGAGUCUGAUCUUCCAAAGCUACCGUACCUCCAAUGUGUAAUCCAAGAAUCACUUCGACUACACCCACCAGUAACAAUUCCAUUACCACACUUGUUGUCGCAAGAUUGUACUGUCGCUGGUUAUGACAUUCCACUUGGAACAUGGUUAUCAAUAUUUGGGGCAUUCUGA